UACCAUUUCCGUUAAAUGCGUAUUCAGUGUUUCCUCGCGAGACAGCGCGAGGAACUAAAUGUGGUGGCCAGCGACACCCGGCAGUCCCGCCCCACUGCCUGUGCUGGCGUCCUCAGUGUCAGCUGUUCCCUCCAGGCUGUGCCAAAACAUUACAAAUUACAGGGUCCAGCCGUGUUUACUAAACAUUCCACAAUGGUGGAUUACUACAAGAUCCUGGAGGUCAACAGAAGUGCCUCUGUGGCUGAAAUUAAAAAAGCCUACAGACGCUUGGCUCUAAAGUGGCAUCCAGACAAAAAUCCAGAUAACCAAGAUGAAGCUACUAAGAAAUUUAAGGAAAUCUCAGAAGCUUAUGAAGUGUUAAGUGAUGAGAAAAAGAGAAAGAUUUAUGACCAGUUUGGAAAGGAGGGUCUGCAGAGUGGUAGUGGACCAGGUCCUACUCGACCCCGCACAUCUCGCACCACAAGGCAUCACUACAGAUUUGAUGAUGACUUUGACUAUACCUUCCCAACCUUCACCUUUAGAGACCCAGAGGAGGUAUUCCGAGAAUUCUUUGGUGGAGAUCCUUUCGCUGAACUAUUCAAUUUUGAUCCAUUUGAAUCUAUGGGCCACAGUAGCAACAGGCGGCGACGGCAAGGUCGCAGAGUUCCUGGCCAGCCGGGAGGACCAGAGCAAAAUCAUCAUCAUAAUUCCAUCUCUAGCGGCUUCUUGUCACCUUUCUCCACACUGUUUGGUGGCCCUAUGUUCUCUCCAUUUGGAGGACUUGGACUUGAGGGUAUUGAGGGUGGUGGAGGAUUUACCUCAUUUUCAUCACACUCAUUUUCCAAUCUGGGAGGUCCUGGUGUGAAGCGAUCUUCAACAUCUACCAAAUUUGUCAAUGGAAAGAAAAUAACAACCAAGAAGAUGUGUGAGGGUGGCCAAGAAACUGUGAUGACCUUUGAAAAUGAUGUUCUGAAGUCAAAAACAGUCAAUGGUGUUCCACAAGCCUUACAGUAUUAGGAUGAAAAACUUCAUGGACAAAACUUGUUUUUGAAAGUUUUGCUGGAUUACUUGAAAAUACUUUGAAGAUGUGAGAUAUAUUCAUGCUCAUAUCUAUGUAACAUAGGUAACUGUAUACUUGUGGAAGCUGGACAGUGAUUGAACUUAAGUUACUCUUCAGUGCUUUUAAGUUAUUUCUUUGUAAGUGCAUAUAUUAGAUUCUAGAGUUUUUAUGGUUGUUAUCCAGUCAUGUACUUACCAUUUUUUUUUUUUUUCAUCUUAGAUUUUUAUAGAAACUAUGACACUAUGUGAAUUACUACUCUAUUCAUUUUGAUAUUUACAUGUAUAAGUUAUUAUAAAAGAAUCGCACAUUCACAUAUUUACUUAAUUGUGAGAGGAGUGUCUCCCUGUAUGGGGAAGUUCUUAUUAGCUAUAUGUGUGUGUAUUAACUUCACAAUCUUGUAUUAUGUUGAAUAUUUUCAAUUAUUCAUCAGAAAAAAUGUUAUAUACAGUAUAUACCUAAGUUUCAUUUAGUUUAAAACUCUAUUUUGGGGGAAUAACACAUAUAGUUUUGAAGAAAUUAUGCAUCAUUCAGGAAAUUUGGAACUUGGAACAGCACUAAAGGUGGUGCAUUUUUUGUAUGUGAUAAUAAUGAGUACUCAGAAGAAAAAAAAAUUAGUCAUAUCAGUAGCAUCCAUUGUAUCUCUAGGUAUUUGAAUGUUCAUGUUAGAUUAUAAUACUGUGCUUGUAAAAUAUUUGCAUGAUCACAGAGGAUGAAGAAAGUCACCAUAGAGUUAUUCUCUAACUAUUUCAAAUAUGAUGAUGCAUCCAGAAAAAAAAAAAAACACUAUAUUCUCAUCUUAUUGUAGAAAGAAAAGCAAGAUAUUACAAACUGUAGAUAUUGCAGCUUCAUUUAGUAUACCCAACUACAAACAUGGUGCCUGUCACUGUACCUUGCUGUUAUCGGUGAAAGUACAGUUGGAUCAGUUCAGAAUUAAGAAGGGUUCUGUAUGUCUUAUGUUUCCUGAUGGAUUAUAUCCACCCUAGCUUAAUGCUGAAGCACUAGUUAUAGUUGAUAAUGCACAACAGGAUGUAUAGUAUUGGCUCCAUAAAGUUGUGGACUAGUUUUUUUUUUUUAUGUAGUUUCAAAUGAAGUUAGAAUUAUGUAAUUACUUUCAUUUAAGUAACUUUCACUUAAAUAAGGUGAAAAAUCCAGUUUCUAAUUUUGGCACUACAUUGAAUUUUUUUCAUGAUUAGGCUGUGGUUUCAGAGAGUAAUUUUUACAUUUGCCUUUAUUUACUGUGCUAAAAGAUCAAAGUAUUUUAUUUUUUGUUGUUCCUAUGUGUAUGCAAAGUUAUGAUCCUUGUUCAGGGGAUUGCAGCCUUAACUUCAUGCCUUCAAAAUACUGGGAGUUUUCAUAUUUCAUCAGCCAGAUGUAUAUUUGUUAUCACAAUUCUUACUUGAAGUCUAACAUUUCUCUCAAACUAAAAACACUAACAUUUCUACCAAACUUUUGCAAAAAAUGACUGAAUAUUAAAAUGUAUGUGUGUGUUUCAGUCUGCCACUUUGUCUAUCUGCCUGUCUGUCUGAGUGAAUAUGUGUGUGUGCAAUAAGUACAUCUUAAGUGAAUUUGUAUCCAUGCAGGUGUACAUGCACAUACAUUCAUGUCUAGCUACAUUUUGCUUGGACAUCAACUUGGGAUGUCUUGUUAUACAAAUCUAAUUCUGUUUCUGCUGCUAACACUCAAACCCUCUUAGUCCCAGAAUGUAUUGUGAAGAAGGGAAAGGCUGAUAUUUAUCUUGUGAUGAAUGUUUUUAUUUAUUACUUUAUCAGACCAUAAAAAAUGUAUUCUUGAUCAUUCUUUUCUGAAUACUUUAAGGAACAUUUUGCUUUAAGGUAUAUGCUGACUGAAUGUCAGAUGUUAGGGAGUAGUUUUUUGUUGAAGUGGUUGUAUUUUCCAAAACUGAUAUUUUAUCCAACAUGCAACUACUGCCUACCCUUAUUAGUAUUUAUAAGAGCAUUUUACUUGCCAAAGAUAGAUUUGUGCUGACUUGCAAAUAUAUGCAUAAUUCCAGCAUAUUCAUGGUCUUAUAGAGUUGAUGCAAGUAUUUUAUCAUGCAAGUUGCUUCUUUCUUAGGUGUCAUUUCAUUUGUAGGAAAAGGGCAAAAAUUAUUACCCCCCCCAAAAAAAAAGUAAAUACUAAUGUAUGUACGUACAAUGAUUUGGCAACAUUAAAGAAGAGAAAUAGAACUCUUUCCACAUAGGUUAGAUAAGGCUUCAGUUCCUGACCAUAAUGUACCAAUCAGUCUCUACAAUGUACAGUGCUACUCAGCUUCUCUGUGACAGUAAAUGAUCAACAUUGGCUUGAGUGUAAUGUUCAUUAUUCACAAAUCCCUCAGCAGUGGACAUCCAACUCAGGCUGAUUUUCCUUUCUCCCAGUCAUAUGUUUCAUUCAUGAAGUACAGAAAUUCAUAAAUUCUUAUGAAUUUAUGAAUUACUUUUUUUUUUUUUCCAGAAGUAUUCCAAAUGGAUCCCAUUUCUAACACAAGGUUAUUGUAGUGAUAUGUCAAAUUACUGAUCUUGAUUUUUUUCUAUUUUAUUUAUAAUUUUACUUAUUUAUUUUUUUAUUUAGUUUAUCCAUUUAUUUUUUUCGUGGUGGGGAUAAUCAGCAGAAUGACUUAGACAUACCAAUCUUGAAACUCCUUGCUACCAAACUAACGAUUUUUUUUUUUUUUUUUUUUUUUUUUUUUUAGCUUACAUGUUAUUAUGAGAGUACAUUUUCGGAGUGCAUAAUUUGUCAUCGUUUGCUGGUAAGUCCAUGGUUAAGUGAAGUCUAUGUUAACCUGUUGCAUGAGAGAGCUUUGCUAUUUGUCCAAGCUCCUCGCAAGCUUCCACUUGUUUAUAAAAGUCUUAAUUUUGUGUGGAGUUGUGGGUAGGAUGAGGUACAGAUGUUUGUAAUGCACUUGCAAGGUACCCAAAGAUAUUUAGAGUAAUGCUUAAACAUGCUUUAACUGUACAUGUAAUAUUUAUGUACACUUGAGUAAUAAAGUGUUUAUUAUCUUUACCUA